AUGCGAGUCUCAACGCUGGUCUUUGUGGCAGCUGCCGUACAGGCUACGAUGCUUCACCCUAAGGUCCGCCGAGACGUAUCGCCGAAGUAUCCCUUUGACCCUUCCACCACCAAAUCUUGUACCUUUUGGUAUGACAAUGAUGACGGAAGCAUUUCAUGCGAGGAUAUGCCAUCGGUGCUGCUUAUUAACAACAAUGACUGGCUACGCUGGAAUCCCGAGAUAGCUGAGUCAUGUAGCAAUUUUAUUAUUGGGAGGUCUUACUGUAUUGAAGCCACAAAUGAGCCCCCUGUCUCAUCAAUGUCAAAAUCCUCGGCCCUGCUCCCUACCAGCACAUCCAAAUCGGCCACACCGCCGCCUGCCACGACAACAAAGCCUAACAAUGGCAUCACAACUCCCCCCCCAACCCAGACUGGAAUGGUUGACAACUGCAACGCCUUCUACCUUGUUCAGAGCGGUGAUUCCUGCCAAGGUAUUGCGGAUAAAAACGGAAUUACCAUUGAAGAAUUUGUUUCUUGGAACAAAGGCGUUGGAGGAACCAAAUGCAGUGGGCUAUGGGCCGAGAAUUAUGUGUGCAUCUCCAUCAUUGGCCAUACUUCCACCCCUACAAAGCCCAGCAAUGGUAUCCCGACACCAUCGCCCGUUCAGCUUGAUAUAAUAGAUACCUGCAGCAAGUUCUAUUUGAUCAAAGAAGGGCAGUCGUGUGAUACUGUCGCAAGCGAGAGCGGUAUCACAGUCAAAGACUUGGUGAGCUGGAACAGGAAAGCGGGCCCUAACUGCUCCGGCAUGUGGGCAAACACAUAUGCAUGUGUGUCUGUGAUUAGCACCUACAAUUUCGAAAAAGCAAAUAUGGCUGGAUGGAAUGUCACCGACGGCACAUACUCAGCUGAUACAAAGGCGUUGGUCGGUAGCACUUCACAAGGCGGCAAGGCUAUUGUCGACGCCCAGAUGAAUGAUUUUAUCAUGAGGGCUGAGAUCACCUUAUCCAGCCAAAGCGGCAAUGCUGGUCUCAUCUUUCGUGUAUCCAACCCCGGCCGUGGUGCUGAUGCCUACCAGGGCUAUUAUGUCGGCAUCAGCGCCGAGAAAGGGGGGUCCAUUACCCUCGGCCGAGCUGAUAACAACUGGAAACAGCUCAGCAGCGUCAAGGCUGAUAUCCAGUCCGGGAAAAAGUAUGUUGUGAUUGUUGAAGCAGCCGGCGACAACAUCUUUAUCAGCUUAAACUCGCGCAGCGACAGGAGAAUCACCGUCCAAGACGGCACUUUUCGCGCCGGAAGCUGCGGCGUUCGCGUUUAUCAGACCGGCGCAACAUUUGACAAUAUCUACAUUGCGCCAAUGGUAUACGAUGGCUUUGAAAAGAACAUGGUCGGCUGGACUAUUGUGGACGGCGGUUUCGAUGGCCGCAAUGGGGUCAUGACUGUCCCCAAGGCUAAUACCGCCAAGGCUAUUCUCAACACCUCCUUCAAGGACUUCACCGUUGACGUCGAUGUGACUCUUACUUCUACCGAUGGAAACGCAGGCAUCAUCUUCCGCGCCUCCAACGUCCGCAAGGGCACUGAUAGUUAUUCAGGAUACUAUCUUGGUAUCCAAAAAACCCAAGUCACGCUCGGCCGCGCGCAAAACAAUUGGACUGAGUUGAAGAACGCCAAGAUGGAUAUCCAGGCCAACAAGAUUCACCACAUACGCGUUGUUGUGUCGGGAAACACUCUGACUGUUUACGUUGAUGACAUGUCCCGCGCUCAAAUCACUCAGAGCGACAGCACUUUCUCAUCUGGUGUAGUUGGCGCGCGCGUGUUUAAAACAGGAGCCAUCUAUGACAACUUUGAGAUUGUGCCGCAGCAAAGCUUAGGCCCUAUCUUUUAG